UGGGCCAUCUUCAUUCAUAUUGUGACUCUUUUUAAUUUAAUGAAGAAGGAAGAGAAGAAGAAGUUGUUCAAGUCAUUGUUUCGUCCGUACAAUGGCAUGCAUGAUGAAGCUGGGAUCUAAGUCUGAAGUUUUUCGCCUUCAUGGUGAAACAUGGUUUUGCUCAACAGGGCUUCCUAGUGAUGUCACUGUUGAAGUUGGGCAAAUUUCUUUUCACCUUCAUAAGUUUCCAUUGUUAUCCAAAAGUGGAAUGUUGGAAAACCUUAUUGGAGAAUUUUCUAGAAGAGAAGACAACCAUUGUAUCUUACAACUAAAUGAUUUGCCUGGUGGAGCCAAAGCUUUCCUAUUAAUAGCCAAAUUCUGUUAUGGUGUGAAAGUAGAACUCAAUGCAUCAAACAUUGUUAUAGUAAGAUGUGCAGCCGAAUAUCUUCAAAUGACAGAAGAUUAUGGAGAAGGGAACCUCAUUUCUCAAACCGAAAACUUUCUAAAUGAGAUCUUUGGCCAUUGGACAGACUCACUUAAAGUGCUUCUAAGUUGUGAAGAGGUUUUCUCACAAGCUGAAGAGCUUCACAUUGUGUCAAGAUGCAUAAACUCGUUGGCCACUAAAGCUUGCGCGGUUAAUCCAAGCUUGUUUAGUUGGCCAGUCUCGAGUGGAGGAGGGCUGAGUUCAGUACAGAGUCCAGAAAGUGGUAUUUUUUGGAAUGGAAUAAGUAGUAAUAAAACUAAACAAAAUCCAAGUGGUGAAGAUUGGUGGUAUGAAGAUGUGUCCUUUCUAAGAUUACAUUUAUACAAACGUUUCAUUCUUGCUAUUGAAUCAAGAGGAAUGAAACCUGAGAAGAUUUCAGGGUCAUUAAUUCAUUACACAAAGAAACAUCUUUGUUUAUUAGGUAGGGAAUCAAGUCUUAGAAAUGGUAACAAUAAUGUAGCUUCUGUCUCAACAAUUUCAUCACCACCUGAUUCAGAUCAGAGGAAUCUCCUUGAAGAGAUAGUUGGAUUAUUACCUUACCAAAAGGGUGUCACUCCAACUAAUUUCCUUCUUAGACUACUUAGAACAUCUAUGAUUUUGAAUGCUAAUGCUUCGUGUCGCGAAAAUUUGGAAAAACGAAUAGGGGUGCAGUUGGAUCAGGUUGUUCUUGAAGAUCUUUUGAUACCAAGUAUGGGGUACUCAAUGGAGACACUUUAUGACAUUGAUUGUGUUCAAAGGAUUCUUGAUCAUUUCAUGGUAAUGGAACAUGAGACAAGUGAGAGUAGUUCGAAUUCGGUUGUGGUAGAUGAAGAAGGGCAAAUGGUUGGAGCUAAUAAUGGUGGUUCUCAUUCACUAACUCCUAUUACUAUGGUAGCUAAUCUCAUUGAUGGUUUUCUUGCUGAGGUUGCUCCUGAUGCUAAUCUUAAGUUGAUGAAAUUUCAGUCAUUGGCUGCUGUUAUUCCUGAAUAUGCUAGGCCUUUAGAUGAUGGGAUUUACCGUGCUAUUGAUAUUUACCUCAAGGCUCAUCCUUGGCUAACUGACUCUGAGAGGGAACAAAUUUGCAGGCUUAUGAAUUGCCAAAAGCUCUCAUUAGAAGCGAGCACACACGUAGCGCAGAACGAAAGGCUACCGCUGCGAGUUAUAGUCCAAGUUCUAUUUUUCGAGCAACUUAGGCUUCGAACCUCGGUUGCUGGAUGGUUCUUUGUCUCUGACAGUCUUGACAAUGUGCAAAAUCAAAGUGGGAAUCUUGCACUUGCCCGAACCGCAGCAUCAAAUCGCGGUGCAACGGGCAUAGGCGCAAGCACAAGUGCACAAGGUCAAGUUGGUGUGGUUGAUGACAUGAGGGACAGAGUUUCUGAGCUAGAGAAAGAGUGUUUGGGCAUGAAAGAAGAGCUUGAAAAGUUGGUUAAGAAUAAAGGGAGCUGGAAUAUGAUAUUUAGAAAGCUUGGAUUUAGAUCAAAGUAGUAUUAUUAUUAUUAUUAAUAGUUCUAUGAUGGAGUUGAAGGUUAAGAAUAAAAUAUGCAAAAGAAAAGAGAUAUAAAGUUGAAAAAAGAAAUCAUAUUUUUUUUGGGGUAUUUGAAUUAGCUUUUGGAAGGUUAAUUAUUUUUGGUUUAGUCAA